GUGCUCUUGGAUCCAUGUGUUGCUGCCCAACUUGUACGUCGUCGAAAAGGAGCUCGGAGUAGCGCCUCCGUGAGCUCCACCCGAGCGCCGACGGCCGGCGGGGGCGGCGGACGAAGUCCGAGGUGCGGCUUGGAAAAUAUGAAGCGGGUUCAACAUCGCGGGAUGGGAAGUUGGACGCUUCAUAACCAUUUCAAAACUCGGCAUGUUGGACUUGGCGACAUAUACAGGGCAAGAGGUCCGGCUCAAGGCCAGGUCCAACGAGAUAUGCAGGCCGACGAGCGGCGUGGCUAGGGGUUACAUCCAAGCAAACGUUGUGGUUCUUCCAUCAGAGUAUGCCGACGACUUUCGACGACUUUGCGCGCGCAACCCGGUACCCUGUCCACUGUUGGCUGAAUCUUAUAGGAUCGGCAGCUUCAACCAAGUGAAAUCAUACGUUGAGGGAGUAUCUGGCCAUGCACUGCUUGCCAGCGGCCUCGAUCUGCGACAGGACCUCCCACGCUACAACGUCUACAAAGACGGCGUUUUGCACAAAUCACACACAACAGACAUCACAGCCGAGUGGACAGACAACUAUGUUGCCUUUCUAAUCGGAUGCUCCUACAGUUUCGAGACUGCCCUUGCGGAUGCUGGCCUGCCGCCGCCAGCCAUGGUCCACGGGAGAAACUGCGCAAUGUACCGUACCAAUAUCGCCCUAUGCCCUGCUGGCAGGUUUACGGGUAGUACAUUUGUUGUGUCGAUGCGGUCGUACAAAAGAAGGGAUAUUGAACUGGUCCGUAACAUCACCAGUCGUUUUGGAGCCACGCAUGGAGAGCCGGUUGCAUGGGGCUGGGAUGGCAUGAAGAAUAUCGGCAUCGACAACGUUGAUGAGCCUGUCUGGGGAGAUGCACCACUCGCCAUGAACGGCGAACCGCUAGGCAGAUUCCAAGGCACAGCUGGUGAAGAUGACGAGGUGCCUGUGUUUUGGGCAUGUGGCGUGACGCCCCAAGAAGCUGUCAUGCGGGCUGGGCUGCCCGGAACCGUCAUGUCGCAUGCGCCAGGGUACAUGCUGCUUCUAGAUAUUAAGGACGAGGCGAUCUUAACACCCCCUAUAAUCCGGGGCUUUGGGGGGUUUCAAGCAUCAGCAGACGAUGAGGACGGCAGCGGUGGGAGCGCGGACUGAACGACUAUUAUUUUGUAAUUAGCAUAGCAUCUUCUGUUUGUAGCGUACUCUUAAACGAAUUUUAAGACUUAUUUCAUCGAAUACACGUCCCAAGUCUGGGUCUGCCUGCCUUUCCCC